UUCUGCAUCUGCCAUUGGUCGGUGGCGUUGGGGGCUGAACAAGCUACCCCCAUCCUCCCAUCUUCUUAUUGGUUUCUUCAGCUGUCAACAAAGAAAAAGAAGCAAACCAGUGGCACCCUACAAGUUUGUCUGUACCAGCAGAGACCCACCCCUCUGCAAUCCCUAUUGGAGGGACAGCCUCUGAGUUGGGUAUUAACAAACACCAGGAUAGGUUACCCAGGGAUACGGAAGCUGAUGUGUUUCCCCCCCCUUGCUCCAGCUCAACCAGGAAGUAAAGUUUCUAUUUUUCUCUGGGCUCAGAAGUUUAAUACCAGGCAAAGCAGAGGGGAAGGGGGGUGGACGAGGCCUCCCAGAAGAGGAGAUCAGAGUCACAGCUCGUAGUUGUGGGAGAGGAUGACGACGCUCAUUCACAGAGGGCGGCGUGCUGACGUGGGCAAGAACGCCGACAAGAGGCUGGAGGGCGAGGACGAUGACUCGAAAGACAGAAACCUGGACGAGGAGGAGUCUGGUGACUCCAAAGAUAUCCGCCUGACCCUCAUGGAGGAGGUGCUGCUCCUGGGACUGAAGGAUAAGGAGGGCUAUACGUCCUUCUGGAACGACUGCAUCUCCUCGGGCCUGCGCGGCGGUAUUCUCAUCGAGCUGGCCCUGCGCGGACGCAUCCAGCUGGAGCCGCUCACCAUGAGGAAGAAGAGGCUGCUGGACAGAAAGGUGCUCUUAAAGUCAGACACCCCGACCGGCGACGUCCUACUAGACGAGACCCUCAAGCACAUCAAAGCCACGGAGCCUGCAGAGACAGUCCAGUCGUGGAUAGAGCUGCUCACAGGCGAGACCUGGAACCCCUUCAAGCUGCAGUACCAGCUGCGCAACGUGCGGGAGCGCAUCGCCAAGAACCUGGUGGAGAAGGGCAUCCUGACCACGGAGAAGCAGAACUUCCUGCUCUUCGACAUGACUACCCACCCGGUCACCAACACCACCGAGAAGCAGCGCCUGCUCAAGAAGCUGCAGGAGAGCGUCCUGGACCGGUGGGUGAACGACCCGCACCGCAUGGACAGGAGGACCUUGGCCUUGCUGGUGCUGGCCCACUCCUCGGACGUACUGGAGAACGUUUUCACCCCGCUGGCGGACGACAAGUACGACACGGCCAUGAACAGGUCAAAGGACCUCUUGGACUUGGACCCCGACGUGGAGGCCACCAAAGCCAGCGCCACGGAGAUGAUCUGGGCUGUCCUGGCGGCCUUUAACAAAGCCUAAAUCCAGACCGCCUUGCCCGUUAGACGUAGCACGGGACCUUUGGGUGGGGAGCUGCCCUGGGCCGGGCCAGCGCAAACUCUGUUCUACAUGGCACCUGGGUUUGACUGAUGUCCACCCCUGCCCCAACCUACCUCUCUUGGUUGGGGAUUGUUGUGCUGGUAGAGCGAGCGACUGUAUGUUGUGUGUCCUCUUCUUGUAAACACUCGGCUAAAUGAAGGUCUUUGUCUCCGGUGGGGAGGGGGUUG